AUGUACCUAGUAGAAAUUAAUGCCACCGAAAGCAGGGGCGAGCCUACAAUCAACAACUAUACCACCUAUAUUGUCCCGGGCGGCGGUCGUUGGGGUGCUCCACACGCCGCCGGCCUAGUCGACUCCUGGUUUCAGAUGCAGUACUCAGAUGAGGCUUCCGGCAACUGGGACCACAAAAUCUCGGACCGCGGUCCCAGUCGCCGGAAGCCUCACUCAGACUUAGGAGGUACUCUUACUUGCUAUCACUAA